AUGGCGGCGCCGGAGGCUCCAGACUGGAGCACACUUCCGGAGGAGCUCCUGGAGUGCAUCGGUAAUAUGCUCCAAUCGCGUCGGGAAGCCGUCAAGUUCCGAUCGAUCUGCCCCACCUGGCGCGCGGCGCUUCCCUUCGCCAAGUACAUCGCGCCAGUGCUCAUGCUGCCGUUUGGCCCCGAGUCACUGGACGGCGCCGUCACCUUCUACACUGUCGCGGACGGAGGCGCAACAACCUUCACGAGGAACCUUCCGUUGCUGCGCGGCAAGAAGCUGUGCGGCUCAUCGCGUGGGUGGCUCGCCCUCGUCGACGAGGCCGCGUCAGUAACACUUCUCAACCCGCUCACCGGCACCACCAUCGAGCUCCCGCCGGCGGUCGAGCGCGUCGUGGGUGCCUCUUUUAGGCUCCUGGUGGUGACGUCCAAUGGGAGCGAGCGGAUAAAGCUUCUUUUGGAAAACGGCCAAUACAUCUUCCUCAAGCUGGACGAGAUGAAGAAGAGGGCCUUCCGCCAGAUCGUGCUGUCUUCGUCAUCGCCAGCCUCGGGUGACUGCGUGGCCAUGGCAGCUCUCGCUGACUCGGGAACCGUCGCGUUCUGCCGUGUCGGCGUCGACGGAGCGUGGACGCUUCUCAACGCCAACCUGCCAGCGGGCCCCGUCACCUCCAUCAUUCACAUCGGCGGAAGCAGGUUCCUGGCUAUCUGCGACCGCGGAACCGGAAGGCCCGGAGCGAUCUCCAUCUGCGAUGUUGGCGGUGCAGUUCCCACAGCGACACGGGUUAAGCCAUUGUAUGGACCUCCCAAAUGUACGGCAUGGCCCUGCAACUAUCUGGAAGUGAAUGGCGAGCUGUACGUCGUGGUCACCGUCGCGCAGGUCUCGGCCCCCCUCAGUAGCCAUGUCUACAAGUGCAAUGUCGUGGCUGCGAAGCCGAGCUGGACCAAGGUAAAGAACACCCACGGUCUAACACUUUUCAUGUCGACUAAUUUCACGGUGGGCUACGGCGGAGGACCAAGCAUCUCGGCCGCAUUGGAGAGGAAUUCCAUCUACAGCGCUAAACCUGAUCCCUGCCGUGACCAGUUAGAAUUGGAGAUAAUCGACAUCGCCAAUGGGACGUCUAAGCUGUUCCAACCUUGUCACAAAAAGAUUCAGGGUUCAGGCCGGACUGUCUGCUGGAUUCAGCCCAAUCAUUGGGCAUAA